GAGAGAGAGAUGUAAUAAAGAGGAGGAGUAACAGUUUUUCUUUUAGUCUUCAGCCUCCUUCAGCUCGUGUGGAAAGUAUUUUUGUUCUUUGUUCCAGAUCACAGAUGGUCUGAAUCUUGGACCAGGACGAACCCAGAAACCACAAAAUGGACUAAAGAGGACUAAAGGAGGAGUGAACUCUGAACUCUGUGCACCUCGACUGCUUCUCUCACCAUGUGAACGUGGUUCUGGUGGAUAAAUUCUGUGGAAAGUUUUCGUUUGUUUGUUUGAGCACUAUGGAUCGAAGUGUUUUAUCAGCCAGCUGAGGCCUUCUUCCAGUUCCGAUCGAUUAUCGAUAUCCGGUAUUGAUCGGCAGGGGGGGUGGGGCGGCGCAGGAUGGACGUGCCGCUCGUGCUGCUCGCGCUGUGGACGUGCUGCUGCUGGACGCUCGCGGACACGAAGGGCUCGUUCCCGCUCAGACCCGCCUACAGCCUGUACUCCACGGGACACGGCGGCGCGCACGGGCACGCAGCACGCGCCACCAGCAGGCACAGGAACUGGUGUGCGUUUGUGGUGACGAAGACCGUGAGCUGCGUGGUUGAGGAUGGCGUGGAAACCUACGUGAAGCCAGAUUAUCAUCCCUGCACCUGGAACGGCGGACAGUGCUCCAGGGUGGUAGUCUAUCGGACCUACAUGAGGCCGAGGUACAAGGUGGCCUACAAGAUGGUGACGGAGCUCGAGUGGAAGUGUUGCCAUGGUUACAGCGGAGUGGACUGUGGUGAAGGUCCAGCAGUGGGUUCAGGGACUCAGAUUUCCACCACCAAGCCUCAGCCCAGGCCAGGACAGGGAGGAGCUCCUCCCAACUAUGGGCAGAUAGGAGGACCUGGGACCAGCUAUGGACAGGGAGGGGGAGGUGGAUCUGAAUCUCAUGGAGGACAAAAUGUUGAACAAGAGAAGAUGCGGCAGCUAGAGGAGAAGAUCCAGAUUCUGACUAAGAAUCUCCAGGACCUGCAGUCCACUCUAACAACCAUGGAGGAGAACUUCCAGCAAGAGUUGAACAAACCUGGCAGUGGCGGCCAGACAAUCACGGGCGGAAGAAACCCAGCCGAUGCAGCCCAGCCAGAGAUUAAAGAGACAAUACACAGCAUUCAGACCAAAUUGGACCAGCUGGACAACCGCACCCAGGCUCAUGAUAAGACACUGGUCAGCAUCAACAACCACCUGGUGAAUGGCAAAGAGAACGAGCUCGAUGGAGGAGCAGCAGAAGUGAAGCUAACCUCCCUGAAGGAGGAGAUCCUGAAGGAGCUGGAGAGAAGGGUGUCAUUGUCCUGCUCCUCCUGCCAGGCUGGGGUAGAAGACCUGCGUAGACAGCACCAACAGGACCGAGACAGGAUUCAAGCUCUGGAAAAGAAGAUAAAUGUUAUGGAUGCUCGGUACCAGCAGACUGUGGACGGGCUACAGAAGGAUGUGGUACAUACUCAGGGCUGCUGUGAUGUCAUCAACAACCUCCAAAACCGCAUCACAGAUACUGAACACAAAAUGAACUCACUGUCUGAGAACUUUGACAUUGUGCAGAACCGUCUGAGCAAGGAGCUGAGCGGAACAGAUGGGACAAGUGAUCACAGUGAAGGAAAUGAUGGAGGACGGAUUGGUGGUGGCAGUGAAAAUCACGACAGACUGCAAAACCAACUGAAGGACCUGGAGUCGCGGAUCAACAGCACGAUGAGAUGUACUGGAGAGAGCUGCUCGCACCUGGAGAACAAUCUGAAGAAAAACUUCCAUGAGGUACUAGGUGAUCUGAGGGAUGACUUGUUGGACCGCUUUGAUGACCAAGCCUACAGGAUCACAGAUGUGGAACUAGAUGUUGGACUGGUGAAGAACGAGAUGACGGACCUUGAGAGGAGACUGGUGAAGCUGGAAAAUACCACCUCCCUGCUGAGCAGGAAGCAGGAGACGUGUGGCUGUAGACGAGAAGAAGUAACAGGAGACAGCACAGGAGGAGAAGGAGGAACGAGAGGAAGCAUAGGAGGAGAAGGAGGAACGAGAGGAAGCAAAGGAGGAGAAGGAGGAAUGAUCGGAAGCACAGGAGGAGGAACGAAAGGAAGCACAGGAGGAGAAGGAGGAGGAGGAGACAAUAUGACAGAGAAGUCCCUGGAGUGGAGGGUUGUAGCCAAUGAGAACAAGAUUCACCACUUUAACAUGCGACUCAAAGACCUGUCAGUGUCGGGAGACUCCCUCCACGACAAAGUUGUGGAUUUGAGCCAUGAUGUGCGUAAAAUAAAGGCUGUCACCGGAGAUCAUGGCGAACACUUCAACCGUAUUGUCACAGAGAUUGAGAUUUUGGGACAAGAGUGUGAGGUGUGUGGACGGGUGGAGAAGGCGCUAGAGAGGCUGAAAAAUAACACCCAUCAUGCAAUGGACCACCUGCAGAACCAGAUCAACAAUCUCCAAACCCACUCAGAGACUGGAAUCCGUCCUGGCGGGUGCUUCCAGAUCUGCUCGGAGGUGAAGGAGGAUGUCAGGCUGCUGAGAGAUGAUGUGAGAAGGUGCACAUGUCAGAACCCACGGGAUCCACAAACAGGUGAAGGGUCUCCUGAUUCUGGUGGUACCGCUGGCAGUGAACACGGACCUGGGUUGGAUGAAGAGAAGUCGCUGGAUGGCCACAGUGUUAUCGGAGGCUCCAUGAAUAACAACCAGCUGAAGGCACUGCAGGGUGAACUUUCAGAAAUCAUCCUGACCUUCAGCUCCAUCAAUGACACCCUGAAAGGCCUCGAACACACCAUCAACAAACACAACAGCGUCAUCACUGAUCUGGGGAAUACCAAGGAUAAGAUCAUCUCUGAGCUGGACAAAAUCCAGCAGGAUGUGACAGAUCACAUUGAGGACAACUGGAACCGCUUGAAUGGUAUGGAUCGGGACAUCCGGAGAUUUGAGACCACUCUGCUGCUAGAAGCAGGAGAUUGUAGGAGGUCCAGCGAUGGGCUGGAGAAGAGGCUGUCUAAGCUGGAGGGCAUCUGCAAGAAGUUGGAAGGGGUCUUUGACUCCAUAUACAAGAUCAAGGAAGGACUGAACAGCCACGUGUCUCGUCUGUGGACGUGUGUGACUGCACUAAACAACACUGUUGGCCACCACGACGGGGUCCUCUACUUUAUCCAGAACAACCAGGAUGACAUCCACAGCAGGAUCAAGAGUCUUAACUCAUCCUUCAACCAUAUCUCCAAAGGUCUGCAGAGUCUGUCUGAACAGAACUGGACCAGUCCCCCAGGAGAGAGAGGUCUUGAUGGUUUACCUGGAUUACCAGGACCCCAGGGCCCACCUGGUCCUCCAGGAGACUAUGGACCACAAGGUUUACCAGGUCUGCCCGGUGCAGAUGCUCAUGUACCCAGAUUAUCAUUUUCUGCUGCCCUCACAGUUGCCAUGGAGAAGGCUGGAACCAUUAUAUUUGAUAAGGUCUUUGUCAAUGAAGGAGAAUUCUAUGACCGAAGAACAGGAAUUUUCACCGCUCCUUUAGAUGGACGCUACUUCUUCAGUGCUAUCUUGACAGGCCACAAGAAUGAGAAGAUUGAGGCAGUUUUAUCAAAGUCUAACUACGGCAUGGCACGAGUGGACUCAGGUGGCUAUCAGCCUGAGGGUUUGGAGAACAACCCUGUUGCUGAGGCGAAGACAACCCCGGGGUCUCUGGCUGUUUUCAACAUCAUUCUGCCUCUGCAGGCUCGAGAUUCUGUUUGCAUUGACCUUGUAAUGGGCAAACUGGCCCAUUCUGUGGAACCCCUCACCAUCUUCAAUGGGAUGCUACUCUAUGAACACAUGUGAUUCACAAAAAGGUCAAAAGCUGUCAUGAUGACCUGCAGUGACUCUGUAAAUGUUAGAGGCCACACAGAAAACACAAGCAGGUCGAUCGGUGCACUUCAAGAACUCCAGUCAGUGCUUGUAACGUCUGAGAAGUCAAAAGACAAGGCCAGAGAACCUAAACAGUCUCAACGCCAUGAAGUAUUAUGUCACUUCCUGCAGACCUUAUUUGAUAGAUUAUAACAAUGACAUUUUUUCUUGAGCAGUCUUGCCUCCACAUUCUACCUAAUCAUCUGAUGUGUUCUUCACACCAACCCCUCCGACCCCAUAAAUUAUUUGUGUAAACACCUUGUUAUAAAAGAAAUAAGUCCUAUACAGGCCUGAGGCCCAUUGGUAUUGGUCCUUAUCCCUGGAUGCUGUCGUGUGAAGCAGAUGAGAGUCUACAGCUCACCAUGGACAGGAUGUCAGUCCAUCACAGGUUACUUCCCAACCAUUUACAGCUGGGUGGACUGGGACAAUGCAGAUGAAGUGUCUUGUCCAAGGACACAGACAGGUAGCCUGCCCGGGAAUUGAACUCAGAUCUAUAGUCCAACUCCUAAUCCCACUGGGCUAUUUCAAUUAAGCCUCGGUCCCACUGAAUAAUAAGCCAUGAAUAAUGAACCACACAUGGGUGUCAGCGAUUAUUCAAAGAAUGAGCCACGUUUUAAACUGUCACAUAUCCGCUACUAAGGCGCCUCUAUGUGCCUCUCUGUACCUCACAUGUACUUGGUAUCAGCCUCUUGUGAGCCACGACCGACCUGUCAUUUGAGCCCCGUCCAGCCUCGAAUGGCUCAUGUCACUGCAUAAGAGUCAUGUAACACAACUUUAGUAUACGUUUAGGCAUGGGUUUGGUCCAAACCUCCA